CACUUUUUACUAUCUUUCUUCUUAUAUCAUGGCAGCUCUAGUGACUGGACCCAAUCAACAAGUACAAGUAGAAAAGAAACCUGUAUCCUAUACUAAUUUGGCCAUUGGUGCAAGUUUGAACUUGUUUGAAGUCUCUACACUAGGUCAGCCUUUUGAAGUGGUGAAAACGCAAUUAGCAGCUAAUCGAGGACAAUCACUAGUACAAGCUCUAUCUACGGUCUAUAGUCGAGGUGGUAUUUUUGGAUUUUAUCAAGGCUUGAUUCCUUGGGCUUGGAUUGAAGGAGCUACUAAAGGUGCUGUUUUACUCUUCACUGCCUCUGAAUUCGAAUAUCGUGCUCUUGUUGCUGGUGCUUCUCCUUUCAUGGCUGGUAUUAUUGGUGGUAUGGCAGGAGGGAUAGCUCAAGCAUAUUCAACCAUGGGAUUUUGUACGUUUAUGAAAACAGUGGAAGUAACACGACAUAAAUCAGCAGUGAAGGAAUCCACUUUCAAGAUUGCAGCUGAUAUCUUCAAACGUGAAGGCAUUGCUGGGAUCAACAAGGGUGUGAACGCUGUGGCAUUACGUCAAUGUACCAAUUGGGCUUCACGAUUUGGAAUUACGCGAUUCACACAAGAAGCGAUUGCUAAAGCUCGAUAUGGUGAUGUUUCGGAAGCAACCAAGAAACUUACGGCUACUGAUAAAGCUCUGGCAUCCAUGGUGGGUGGUGCAUUAUCCUGUUGGAAUCAACCUAUUGAAGUCAUCCGUGUUGAAAUGCAAAGUCAAGUUAAAACAGCUGGUCGUCCUGAAAAAAUGACCAUCAUCAAGGCUGCUCAAUGGAUUCAUCAAAACAAUGGUAUCAAAGGUUUCUAUCGUGGUGCUUUGCCUCGUAUUGGUCUCGGUAUGUGGCAAACUCUUUGUAUGGUCGCUUUAGGUGAUUAUUUCCGUGCCUUGUUUGGAACCAAUUAAGUUUAUAUAGUUUAUUUACUGAAAUUGAAAAAGUGAUGAUGUUGAUGUGGAUAUGUGGGAGAGAGGGGUUGUGGUAUUAGAGAAUGAUUCCAGAUACCCUUUUUUUUAUAUAUAUAUUCUUUUGUACUUUGAUUGUUUAAUAAAUAUACAUAUAUUUGAUUGUUUGUUCCUUGA